UAUGUGUUGGAGUAGAUUUAUGAUUGGAAGGAAUCAACAAAAGAAAGAAACGCAGCCGCUCCAUGCAGCACUGCCAGCAGUCUUCAAGUUGAAGAGUCGUUGAGACGAAUCAUAAGGCAAAGCCUGACAAGCACCACCUUUGUUUUGACUCCUGAGUGACUCGGAGCGAAUGGAGACCGGGGAGAGGUAUUUCAGCCUGAGGUGACAUACUGUGUACCUCAUCGGAGCCGUGAUCACUCAUCAUUCAUUAUCACAGUCCCCAGGUCCAGUCUGCGCCAGGCGUGGAUUCAAAGUUAGGUGGCUAGCGUCUUGACUUGUGAAGUUGUCUGGAGUACGGCGAGUGCCUGCUAGUAUUGUUGCGUGACUCGAUAAUGAAGAGGAAGCCUCCGGCAUCAACACAUCCUGCCUCCACCACGGCAAAAGGGGCAGCCAACCCGCGGCUGAGUGCGUCGACUAAUGUAUCCGGGCGCCUUAAAAACCCUGCUGGCACAGCAGCUGGGCAGUCAGUGGCAGGUGCAGCGGAUAGCGCUGCCGGACGCCUAUCCAGGAUAAGCCGAACGCGCAGCGCCAGACCGGGCGCUCUGGCGUCGCUGCAGGAACAGCUGCACGCACAACCCGUCGACGGACUGAUCGGAGGCGGUGGCGCGGACUCCGUCAUCGUCGACAAGGAGAUCUUGCGCCAGCUGAGCGCCCAGGACAUCCGCGACCUGCGGCUGGUGUUUGAUACGUUCGACACGCGUAGUAAAGGGCUCGUCAAUGAGCACGAACUCCGGCGUGCUAUGAAGUGUCUUGGUUUCAGGAUGUCUCAGAAGGCGACGCAGGAAGCUAUCGCCGAUCUGGCCCUGUCUAGCGCCAGUGCACUGAACUUUGAAGAGUUCCUGCAUUGUGUCAUACUCCACCAGGGCGACAGUCGUGACAUGCACGAGGAAAUCCUGAAGGGAUUCCACAUGUUUGAUACGGCGCACAAGGGGAAGAUCACGCUAGCCGACCUGAAGCGGGUCAGCGAGGAAACUGGGGAGCGCUUCUCCGAGCAGGACUUGAUGGAGAUGAUCGAGGAAGCCGAUCGUGACGGCGACAAUGCCGUCAGCAAGCAGGAGUUUGUCAACAUCAUGCUGCGCACCAACCUCUUUCUGUAGUGAGCACGCGUGCGCUGGUGUGCCUCGUGCCUUGAGAAUCAUGAUAAUCGCAGUGUCUGAGCUGCACAUUGUCUGCACAGCUCUACAGGUUCCAUGGCGUUGAGAUAGGCCUGGCACAGUGUAGGUAAGCCCGGCAAGAUACCACUCAUUGCCGCUGCCAGCUAGCUAGCAUACAUACAGUGCCAUGCAUGCCAGACCAUACAAUAUUGCAAGCAGCUAACACUGCUCAUGCCACUCUACUAAGCCCAUGAUUGCACUGUUCCAUGAUGGAUUGUGGCAUAGCUGUA